AUGUCUUCUUUUGACAGAAUCCAUGAGAAGACGGCGCCGAGCCUUGAACUUCUUCGUGCCCAACUUCAACACAUGCGGUCGUUUGAUCCACACACAGCCAUUUCUGUCCCCUGCCACUUUGGACAACGCGGCAUCCCCGUGUCGGAGUCUGGUGAAGUUUCUGUAUUUUCAUCUCCUCUUUCAUCGGUGCGUGACGCGUUUUUGAUGUCUCAAGAGAAGUGGGAUGCGAAUGAUUGCAUGCUACAACAAUUGGAUUCACGUUUAAGACUCUACCAAGAGAACGGCGCGAAGAAGCGCGGGGAUUUGGUGAUCGCCAUGGACAAGGCACACACAGAAAUGGAACAGUUGCAGAAUUAUGCUGCGCAGUUUUGGUCAGAUAUGGAGGAAAAUCUAAGACUGCUGCGACAAUUGCUUGCAGACAGCAAGAACAUGGCUGAGGAUACUCCUGGCCGUCCUGAGGCACGAAUCACAAAAAUAAUCCGAGGUCUUGGAGAUGAACCUGAUUGUUGUGCUGACAACCGUGACGAGGAUGAAUGUCUCAUGUCUCGCUUGGAGGAAAUGCGACGGACACAAGAUGUGAUUCGUCAGCAGCUAGAAGAGUCGUCUGCUUCAGGGACCCCAUCAUCCAUUGCGGCAGCAGUGGAAAGGAUCCAAGCUGAACUGCAGAAGGAACGUGAUGGGGCGGACGCGCAGCUUUCUGCUCUGAAGGAGUCAUUUGUUAUCGUUGUCCAAAAAACAUUAGAUGAGUUGGAGGUAUUGCGACGCGAUCGUCUAGAAACGGAGGCAUUGUGUUUGCGAAUCCUCAGCUGA